AUGGGGGCCGCCGUGUUCUUCGGCUGCACCUUCGUGGCCUUCGGGCCGGCCUUCGCGCUCUUCCUCAUCACCGUGGCCGGGGACCCGCUGCGCGUCAUCAUCCUGGUGGCGGGGGCCUUUUUCUGGCUGGUGUCCCUCCUGCUGGCCUCCGUGGUCUGGUUCAUCUUGGUGCACGUCACGGACCGCUCCGACGCCCGGCUCCAGUAUGGCCUCCUGAUCUUCGGCGCCGCGGUGUCCGUCCUCCUGCAGGAGGUGUUCCGCUUCGCCUACUACAAGCUGCUCAAGAAGGCAGAUGAGGGCUUAGCGUCGCUGAGUGAGGACGGACGGUCACCCAUCUCCAUCCGGCAGAUGGCUUAUGUUUCUGGUCUUUCCUUCGGCAUCAUCAGUGGUGUCUUCUCUGUUAUCAAUAUUUUGGCUGAUGCACUUGGUCCAGGUGUGGUUGGCAUCCACGGAGACUCGCCCUACUACUUCCUCACUUCCGCCUUCCUCACUGCAGCUGUCAUUCUGCUCCAUACCUUCUGGGGAGUCGUGUUCUUCGAUGCCUGUGAGAGGGGACGAUACUGGGCUCUGGGCCUAGUGGUUGCGAGCCAUCUACUGACCUCAGGACUGACGUUCCUGAAUCCCUGGUACGAGGCCAGCCUGGUGCCCAUCUAUGCGGUCACUGUCUCCAUGGGGCUCUGGGCUUUUGUCACGGCAGGUGGCUCCCUCCGAAGUAUUCAGCGCAGCCUCUCGUGCCGCCGGCAGGAAGACAGUCGGGUGAUGGUGUACUCUGCCCUUCGCAUCCCCCCUGAGGACUGAAGGGGCCUGGGAGGGGGGACCCCUGGGCCUGGGGGGCCCCGGUGAUCUCCUCGCCCCGUAUUCCUCCAUCUCCAUUCUGGACAGUGUGGGUGACUGAGCCAGACCUGAACUUAGCCGUGGCUGGGGGAAGUAGAGUCACAGGCUGUGGGUAUAGACUGCACACCCUCUCCUCAGGCCUAUGGAGAACAGUUUUUGGUAUGAUGAGGACCCCAAACACCUCGUUCCUUCUUAAGGCAGGAAGUAGAGACUUCCUGGUGAUUCUCUUGGACCCUCAUAUUGGACCCUCCUGGCUGGGGAUUCGCUCCCCUGCCCCUGAGCCCAGGCCGGGGGCAGAGGAAGUGCAUGUUGGUAACUGGUAUUACUGGAACUCACCUUCUCACCUCCUUAGCCACCAGCCCCCACUUGUCCAGGGUGAAGGGGGUGUGGCGGGGAGCUCCAGGUCCCCUGAUGUGGUGGGGACUGAGGACAGAGUUUUUCUAGUUUUUAAAUGGGGUGUGUAUGGGUGGGCAGGUUUUCUAUGAACUGUAUUAUUUCUGCCGAGGAUGGCAUGCUCCAUCCUUUUAAUCAAAGUGAUUGUGAUUUUUGACUAAUAAAAAAGGACUUUAUAGUUGUGGGGGAA